GAAUUUCAGAGAAAGAUUUAUAUGCAAAUAAUACAUUGAGUUGACGUACAAUGGCACCACAGCGUCGAAGCACUACUAGACAGCAACUAGACUUCGACUACGCAGCUCAAGGUCCCUCCCGGAUACCACGUGGUCACGGCAGAGCCCCCAAUGGACCUCCUCAACCGUCCUCACGCAGGACCCCCCGCCGGUCACGUAGAGAAUCAGAAACGGAGGUGGGAUGUUGCAUGAAGUACUCUUUGUUCGGGUUCAACGUCCUAUUUUGGCUGCUUGGAGGAUUGAUUCUAUUCAUUGGCCUGUAUGCUUUCAUCGAGAAACGAGGUCUCAUUCAGGACUUGGAGAACGUGAGCAGUGUCCAUUUCGAUCCCUCCUUCGCCCUAAUUGUUCUUGGGUUUGUCGUGUUCAUAGUAGCCUUCUUGGGCUGCGUAGGCUCGCUGAGAGAAAACAACUGUUUUCUUCUUUUGUUCUCAACUAUUCUACUUAUCGUGCUGCUAGCCGAAAUCACGUGUGGCGUGCUUGCCUAUGCGUAUAGAGACUGGGUGAAGGACAACACGAAUAAAUUGAUAGUGCAGAACAUCAAAGAGUACCGGGAAGAUCCGGACCUGCAAGAUAUCAUAGAUGGCAUCCAGAGUGAGCUGGAAUGCUGUGGCGGGGAGAGUGCCAACGACUGGGACAACAACAUAUAUUUCAACUGCACAGGAACGGAGCGCGACCAACUUAUCCCGGAGGCAUGUGGGGUUCCGUUUUCCUGCUGCAAGGGCAGUGGCUCUUCUGCUGACGUCAUUAACACACAGUGUGGCUUCGGAGCCAGGAAGACGUCUCUUCUGAGUUUCAAUGUGCACAGUAAGGGAUGCGUAAACAAGAUGGAGACAUGGAUCAGGGACAAUUUGGUGCCGAUAGCUGGAGUGGUGCUGUUUGUUCUUCUCAUACAGGUGUUCGGAAUCUUCAUUUCUCUCACUCUCAGGGCAGAUAUCAAUCGGCAGAGAUCCAAAUGGCUGGCUCAGUACUAACUAAAUAAGCUAUUUGGUAUGCUUGAAACCGAUAUGAUACAAAUUGACUAGCCAGAGAUAUAAUUGCAGACGAAAUCACCCGCAAACCGGGACAGUGCUAGGUAAUCACAGUCGUGUUGCAAUCAAAACACACGAAGUCGACGGUCAUGAAAUAGCGAUUUGGUUACCAAUUAUUCAUGUGUAGUUUCAGCUGAGUGCAUAGAAUUUGUAAAGAUAAUUUAAAGUUAUAGUGCUUAAUUAGAUUAGAUCUAUCCUCAU